CUUUUAUGUGGCCGUCAUUUCCAUGCCAGCCCUGGGGGACCCUGUCGGAGCCCCGCCUCGCUGUUACCUGACCACGGUCAACGCCCUGAAGGUGGCCGACUGCCAAGGGCAAGGACACAGGGCCGUGCCUGAGACCGAUCCCUCCGUUCAGGUCCUGCUCCUGAACUUCAACUCCUUCUCCGUCCUCUUGAAUUCCUCCUUCCCACGCCUGGAGUCCUUGGCCUUCCUGUCUCUCGGGAAGCAACGGACCGGGUCCCUUCUUCUCGGAGAGAGGGCCUUCCAAAACGUGCCUAACAUCACCUUCCUGGACCUCGGGGGCAACGGGAACCUGACCCUCCAUCCCGGCGCCUUCCGCGGCCUCUCCAAACUCGAGGUGCUUCUUCUGGACGUCAACGGGUUCGGGGACGAAGUGCUGGAAAACGGCUAUUUCCGGGACCUGGUGUCUCUCAAGAGGCUCGAUCUUUCUGGAAAUCGGAUCCGUAGGCUGAGGCCGGAUCCGUCCUUCCGAGGGCUCGGGGCGCUCAGUAUCCUCCAGCUGAGGCUCAACCGGAUCCAGGCGAUCUGUGGAGAUGACCUCGGACCCCUCGGGGGACGCCGCUUGGCGCUCCUCGACCUGUCCUCCAACCCUCUGCGCGACCAGCCGGCCUGCGGCCACCCUUUCCGGAACCUCACGCUGGGGACCCUGGAUGUCUCCGGCAACCCCUGGAACGUCGGCGAGGCCGAGCGGUUCUUCGCGAAACUGAACGGCACCCGCAUCCGGCACCUCAAGGUCCGACACUCCGGAGCCGUCGGGAGCGGGUUCGGUUUCCGCAACCUCAAGGACCUCUCGGCCAGCACUUUCUCCGGGCUGCGUCACGCCGGCGUGGUCUCCCUCGAUCUGUCCCACGGCUUCCUGAACGAGCUGGUCCCUUCGGCCUUCUCGGGGCUCCCUGACCUCAACCUUCUGCUCCUGAGAGCCCAUGAGAUUAGCAGGAUCCGACCCGGGGCCUUUGUCGGGUUGAACAAGCUGCGUGUCCUCGAUCUCUCCCACAACCUCCUCGGGGAGAUCUACCGGGAGGCCCUGGAGAGCCUCAAAUCCUCUUCCCUGCAACGCCUCAUCCUCCGGUCCAACCACAUUGGAAUCGUCCAGCGCGGGGCCCUCGCCGGGCUGGGCUCCUUGCAGACGCUGGACCUCCGAGAC